GGUUAUUUAACUCGAAAUGUUUUUUGCAAAUCACUUAAGGUUAGCCGUGAGUCUGCUGUCCUUAGUUGUUUGUAUCAUAUCCUCACGAGUCUGAACUACUAAUAUACUAAAAAAACAACUUUAAAAUGAGCAUACUAUCGUAUAAUGGAGGAGCUGUUGUUGCCAUGAAGGGCAAGGAGUGUGUAGCUAUAGCUUCAGAUCUUAGGUUUGGUGUGAAUCAAGGACAAACAAUAGCUACAAAUUUUGAGAAAAUAUUUGAAUUUGGACCACACUUAUAUUGUGGUCUUCCUGGACUUGUAACGGACACGUUUACCGUUAAAAAUAAGCUUAAUUUCAGGCUAAAUUUGUAUGAACUGAAAGAAGACAGAAAGAUGAGUCCUGAAGUAUUUGUUUCUAUGCUCUCAAAUUUACUUUACGAAAGGAGGUUUGGCCCUUUUUUUGUGGAACCAGUUGUUGCCGGGCUGAUGCCAAAAACGUAUGAACCGUUCAUUUGUGCUACUGACUUGAUUGGCUGUCCGAAUAAACCUGAAGAUUUUGUCGUUGCUGGUACCUGCUCAGAACAACUUUAUGGAAUGUGUGAAGCUCUCUGGGAGCCAAACUUAGGCCCACAAGACCUUUUUGAAACAAUUUCCCAAGCACUUGUUAAUGCUUUCGAUCGUGAUGCUCUUUCUGGUUGGGGUGCGAGUGUCUAUAUUAUUGAAAAGGACAAAGUUACUCAUAAAAAAUUGAAAACUAGGAUGGAUUAAUGGAUUAAUAAGCCAAUUGAAACUAUCUAUUUCAACAAAAAAACUUUUUUUUUUUCAUUUGUAAGGUAAAAUAAACAUUGAGGUUUUCAGUAUA